AAUGGCAUUUGACAAAGCAAUUGUGACAAAAUUUACAACUCUUGCAGUCGCAGCAUUAACAAUAGCUGUAGCAGUUUGGGGAUUUUUCUCUGAAUUAACAGUCAAUAAUGGAUUUAAUUGUUUCAAUUUGGUGUAAUAUUAUAAUCUCAAAAAUAUUAAGGAUACUAUCGAUGGUUUUAUUGCCAUCUGAAUUUUAAGUAAAAUGGAUACAAGAUGGAUUUGGAUUAAUAGAUAAUUUAUUUGGCAGAGGUCUUUAUAUAUUCUUGUAAUGUAUAUUACUAAUUCUAGCAUUGGAUCAUGGGUCUUUGGUUUACAUUCUAGAUUUGGUGGUGGUGAUGAUGGAAUUAGCUUAUUUGCAUUGAUAGUAUCAAUAAUAGAUUUAUGUGUUGGCGUACUUUAUGUGAUAUUUUAUUUUACAGUAUUUAUCCAUUCUAUAUUAACAAGUUUGGAGAUUCAGCAUAAUCAAAAUGA